CAGAUUAUUUGGAAGACACGAUGAGUGUCAAAGCCUUUGAACUUAUUCCAGCUGUUGAUUGUGAACUGCUUAUGGGAGACAGAGUACGAAUAAACAUUGAAUGUAUAGAAUGCUGUGGGAAGAAUCUUUUCAUUGGAUCUAGUGACUGCUACAUAUAUCAUUUUUUACUUGCUGAAAAGAUAUCUACAACAGGAAAGCUUACAUUUUCUGUUACCAAACAACUGUGCAGACAUCUUGGACUGAAAAAGCCCGUUAAUGAACUUAGAGCUGCUUCUGCACUUAGUCGAUUAAUGGUGUUGUGUGACAAUACUAUAACUCUAACUAAUAUGUUGAACCUUGAGCCAGUUCCUACUGGAGCAAAAAUUAAAGGGGCAGUUACAUUUACUGUAAAUCAGAAUCCUGUUAGUGGAGACCCUUUCUGUGUGGAAGUUUGCAUUAUUUCAGUUAAGAGACGAACAAUCCAAAUAUAUAUGGUUUAUGAAGACAGAGUACAAAUUGUUAAGGAAGUUUGUACUCCAGAACAGCCUUUUGCUGUGACUUUAGACGGUUACUUUCUUUGUAUAGCACUAACUACACAGUACAUUACAAUGAAUUACAGCACCGGUGCUUCCCAGGACCUCUUCCCAUACAACAGUGAGGAGAAGCGCCCUAUCAUAAGAAGGAUUGGCAGGGAGGAGUUCCUUUUAGCUGGACCUGGUGGACUGGGUAUGUUUGCAACUGCGGCUGGAAUUUCUCAACGUGCCCCAGUUCGCUGGUCUGAGAAAGUGAUUGAAGCAGCGGUUUGUUUUCCAUAUGUUGUAGCUCUUGACGAUGAGUUUGUUACAGUGCACAGCAUGUUAGAUCAACAGCGAAAGCAGACCUUGCCUUUCCGUGAUGGACACAUUCUGCAGGAUUUUGAAGGAAGGUUACUCGUGGCUACUCAUAAACAGGUAUAUGUGUUGGCUCCACUGCCUUUGGAAAGGCAAAUUCAAGAUCUUCUAGUGAGCCACAAGGUGGAAGAAGCUUUAGUCCUGGCGAAGGGAGCACGAAAAAAUAUCCCAAAGGACAAAUUCCAGGUAAUGUACAGGCGAAUUCUGCAGCAGGCGGGAUUUAUACAGUUUGCACAGCUUCAGUUUUUAGAAGCUAAAGAACUCUUCAGAAAAAGCCAGUUGGAUGUUCGAGAGCUGAUAUCGCUUUUUCCUUUACUUAUGCCUUCAACCUCCAUGUUUACACGGUCUCAUCCACCUCUUCAUGAAUAUGCUGACCUAAAUCAACUGACACAAGGUGACCAGGAAAAGAUUACCAAGUGCAAGCAUUUUCUCAUGAGUUACUUAAAUGAAGUUCGCAGUACUGAUGUGGCUAAUGGCUACAUGGAAUACAUUGAUACUGCACUUUUGAAACUGUAUGCUGAGGCUAACCAUGAAAGUUUGCUGGAUUUGCUGGUCUCUGAGAACUCCUGCAAUUUGAAAGACAGCAUCACAUGGCUAGAAAAGCACAAAAAGUACUUUGCACUUGGACUUCUGUAUCACUACAAUGGUCAAGAUGAUAAUGCACUACAGUUGUGGGUGAAGAUUGUUAAUGGCGAUCUCCAAGAUACUACUCGCACAGACUUGUUUGACUAUAUUGUGGAUUUCCUCAGCUUCUGCCCCAACCGUGACAUGGUGUGGAAAUAUGCUGACUGGGCACUUCAGAAAAAUGAGGAGAUCGGAGUUCAUAUUUUUACAAAGAGACCUGUCAGUGAACAACAGGUGGAUGGACUAAAUCCAGAAGACAUUAUUAGCUAUCUUCAUAAGUACCCCAAAGCAUUAAUUAGUUACCUAGAGUACUUAGUGAUGGAAAGACAAAUCCAGAAGGAGAAGUUUCAUACACAUUUGGCAGUGUUGUAUCUUGAUGAAGUCUUACAGCUGAAAAUGCGAAAGAGUUCUGAAGCGCUGAAGCUAAUGCAGGCCAAGUUAAGAAGUCUGCUUCAACAGUCCAGCCUUUACAGGGUGCAGCUGUUGAUAGGCAAAAUAAAAGAUACAGAUCUUCACAUGGAGCUUGCAAUAUUAUAUGGGAAGCUGGAAGAGCAUGACAGAGCCCUCCACAUCCUUGUUCACAACAUCCAAGACUUCGAGGCUGCUAAGAAGUAUUGUUUAUGGAACUCUGAGGGCAAGGAUGAUGCCUACAGGAGAAGACUUUUCCAUUUGCUUUUGUCAGUCUAUCUGGAAUCAGCCAAUGCCAAUGAUAGGUUGUAUAUGGCUGCUGUUGACCUCCUGAACUACCACCCAGCAGAGUUUGAUGCAGUUCGUGUGUUACAGCUAGUGCCAGAGACAUGGUCUAUGAGUCUGCUGGCACCAUUUCUUAUAGGAGCAAUGAGGCAAAGCAUUCAUGCUGACAGAAUGACACAGCUAACUUUGGGUUUGUCACGAUCUGAAAAUAUGAUUUAUAAAUGUGAUAAGUUGAAGUUGACAAGAAAUCCUGUUCGGUUAUCAGACAAAAAGACCUGCCAGAUCUGUUGUAAACCAUUCAGUGAACCUGCAUUUGUCCACUAUCCUAAUGGCAGUCUUGUCCAUACUCACUGUGCUGCCAGCAGACGAACUAAUACUAUUCUUGCCAGUGUUUCAACCUGUACAAGUCAGACAUGAAGACAAUUCCUUGCAGCAUGUAGCACGUCGUCAUUCUGUCUCCUGAAGACAGUCCACAGUGGAAACAGAGAGAAUAUUUCUUUUAUAUAAUGGAAACUCUGAAGAUACAGUUUCUGCAAUUAUUGAACAGCUUUAUAUAAAUGUCAGAAACUCUUAACUGUAUAUUUCUACAUGUGUAAGCAGCAAGCAAUAUAAACUGAAAAAAAAAUCUCUCUCUGCUAUUCUGAUCUGUAUACUAAUGAUCAAAAAUGACCACAUGCUCUAAAAGGAUCAACAGCGUUUAUCAGCUACCAGAACUGCCAACUUUAAGGAGGCUUUGAGGCUCAGAUUUUGCACUGAAAAACAAGUUGCAUAAAAUGUGAAAUGGAUAAAAUGGUAACCUUUUAUAGAUUUUGUCUACCUUGUUAUGAACAGUCUAGGCACUGCGCUACUGUUAACAAAAUAUAAAAGGUGUGGGACUGAGAUGAAUGACAAAUCCCUCUUUAGUGCCAUACUGGAAGCAAGACUAUACAUAAUCCAUAGCCAUCCUUUCAGCUAUCAUUUCUGAUGAGAACAUUUUUCCAUUUUCUCCAUAUGUAAUUUGAACUUAUAAAAAACAAUAAAACACAUAUUAAUUUCUGUUAGCAUAAUAUAUAGUAUGGAAUUUGGUUAUCACCUGCUUCAUGAGAGUUGAAACCGUUGUAGCUUGCAGAUAUGAUGAUUGUGGUUGCAGAUUUACUUUAGAAAGUUAAUAAGCAUGAUAUUAUGCUAAACAGUAGAUCUAUAAACUUAUUAAUUCAAAAUAUUGAAAUGAAUCACUGUCCAACCUUACAGUAAUGACUAAAGAAAUAAUAAUGUUUGCGUUCCAGAGAUGUGGUAAUGACAUUUGAUUAACAGAAGAGUAAUACUGAUUUUAAGACAUUGAAUUGAUACUGCUUACAUCUGAAUUACUUUAUCAAAGAAUGGUGGAAAGCCUUCACUGCUUACUCAGUCUGGAAUAAAGAUAUACCACAACACUCUUUGAAGGAAGUGAACAUAGCCUUGCAUUUAUUAAAGUUUAGCCAUUAAGGUUAAAGUCACCAAAUCAAUUGGUCAUUUGGCAGUGUGUCCAGAGAACAGUCUUGGAAGGAACUAGUGCCAGUAUCCCACUGUUAAGAAUUUUGCUAGGCCAAAUUAAUAUGUACCUGUGUUUCCCCAAUAUGGGGUGCAGAGGAGGUGGCUUUUUAUGGUCAUCUGUUCAUCAUGGUUGCUGAGAUGGCCAGCUUCAGACUGAUAUAAAUAUUAGGGUCCAAAUUCUAUCCUGUCUAAGGAGGCACUGGCUGGAUCCAAAUUCUAUCCUGUCUAAGGAGGCACUGGCUGUUCUAGCGGUAUACCCUCUUUGUUUUACUCCCUACCAUUCCUUCCAGAUUUAUUUUCCUGCAUAAAUCAUUGCAACAUAAAAGCUCACCAAACUGCUUCUGGUCUUUUUGGAGAAGGCAAAAUUUUGAAAAGCAGCUACAGAUAAGGAGGAAAUUUCUUCUCAGCUCUCUUGCAUGAUCAUCCAUAUGGCAUAGCAGAUCUUGCCUCCCUAAUUGCAUCUAUUCACAUAUGUUUACAAAGAAAAUAUUUUAUAGCUUGUUUCUGUAAUGUUUGCAGAUAUUUUCUUUGUAUGGCAUUUGCCCUUUGUUAAGGUGUUCUGCAACAGAGACAAUGAAGGUCCUUCAGUGGUUAUUAUACAAGCAUGUUCAGUUCUACUCAACUAUACAGAAUAUAUUUUGUAUGUAAUAUUACAUAUUACAUGUUCAUUUUCAGCAUUAUGGUUUCUUGUCCACUGAUUUGUAGCAAAUGUACUAUGCAUAGUUUUGUUGUUCAAUAAGUCAUUCCUUGGAUUUCACAAGUAUUUGGUAAACAAUCACCUGCUGCAAGACCAGUCAUUUACAGCUUCACCAGAACUGAUGACGUAUGAGGAGAAAUGGAAAUAAAACAAUAUCAUAUUAGUAGUU